UACCAAGGAAACCGGCAUAGAGACAGUGGACGCUGUAGCAGCUAGGCUAAUGGGCUAGUUAGCGGUAAGCUGAAUCACCAGCAGCUGUUAAACAUUUGAAAUGGUCUUCCACGUUAAAUUUAAUCGUUAAGGGCAGUAGUUAGAUUCACGGCCCGCGGUCACCGUUUCAACGUAUGUCGACGUUUGGUAGCUAGUAUGGCAGCAUCGGUGUCCGCCUACCGAGGCUAGCGUUAGCUGCGUAUGUAUAGGGGGCUGCCGAUUAGCAUACUAGCACGAAACUAACGCGUUAAUCCAAAUAUCAUCUGGAUAAACAUACUAACAUCCGCGGGCUGAGCACCGUUAUGUAGCCGGGUAGCAGUGGGCUAAAUCAGCUGUGCUUGCAGCCGGCAUGGAUGUGAGUUAACAGCAGGAUUGGGAAGGUCAACCCCAGGUCUGUGGUUCUCUGGUUCUUCACAGCAGCACCCUGGUCCUCCAGGGCGUAGGGACGGAAGAGCUGCACGCGCCGUUCAGGCCCAGACCGGGAGGAGAUGCCGCGGAGCGGAGGGCCCGCUAACCGGUGCUAACCAGGAUGGAUGUGUGCAGCAGGAACCCUAACCGCACGGUGCCGGUUGGCGAGGAUGGCCCACACCGAGCUGAUUUGCGGCUCUGCUCUCGGACCAAUGGCUGGAGCUGGCCGCCACAUCCCUUCCAGCUGCUGGCCUGGCUGCUCUAUGUCUAUUUUGCCGUCACUGGCUUUGGCGUGUUUGUCCCCCUGCUGCCCGCACACUGGAUCCCUGCAGGCUACAUUUGUACGGGUAUCAUGUUCGUCUGUCACCUGUGUGUCCACGUGAUGGCCGUGUCCAUCGACCCAGCUGACUACAGUGUCAGAACAAAGAGUGAUAAAGGUCCGGUCCCUGUGUUCGACCGCUCCAAACAUGCACAUGUCAUCGAGAACUGCCACUGCUACCUCUGCCGGGUUGAUGUGGGGCCAAAGUCGAAGCACUGCAGUGCCUGUAACAAGUGUGUCGCUAACUUCGACCAUCACUGUCGGUGGCUCAAUAACUGUGUGGGCAGCAGAAACUACAAGUUGUUCCUCCACAGUGUAAUCUCGGCUCUGCUGGGCAUCUCUCUGGUUCUUGUUAUCGCCCUCUAUGUCUUCAUUGAGUUUUUUGUGGACCCGUCCAAACUCCGUACUGACAAACACUUCCUGGUGAGGAAUGAGACAGGCAUGUGGUUUGUCUUCCUGCCGGUGGCUCCGCUCAGGUCGGCAGCAGUGGUGAUUCCUGCUUUGGCUGCUGUCACCAUCGCUCUGGGUCUGCUGUCAUCUGUGCUGCUCUGUCACCUCCUCUGCUUCCACAUCUACCUGAUGUGGAACAGACUCAGUACCUAUGAGUACAUCAUGCGGCAGCGACACCGGCAGAGCAACAGGGACCUGAGGAAACCGGGGUCCAUGAAGGAGAUGGCGGCUCCUUCAGUCAUCAAGGAUGUGAACUACUCAGGGACUCUGGGUUACACCAACCCUCAGCUGAAUGGAGAGGAACCUACCAGUGCGGCUGUGCGGGGGGAGGGAGAGUUCCUGGCUAACAGCAGAGCGAGGAGUGUGUCCAGUCCUGUCAUGGAAGAAGAAGCUACACCCGCCAUCUCUACAGAGCUCAACACAACAGGACGCACACACCGACGCACACAGAAAAAGAAGAUGAUCUGUAAAGUUCCUGCAGAAGUGACCAGAGAGCACUGUUCGAGUACAGCCCCACCCCCUGCAGAGCCCACCAGUGUGUCCCUGGGUCAGCGACUUCCUUUCCCAGCAUACCCUCUGAGGGCCUCCCUGCCCCCCUUGGCCCCCACGCCGGGACCUGUCCAGGCCGCUGCUCCUCCCGCUGAGUACCACUCAGACUCUGCAGAGUCUCUGGAGGAGAUCCCUGUGGCAUUGGCCAAACUGGGCUCUUCAUCCUCUGCUGGUGCUGUCGGAGACACCUCCUCAUCUUCACAUAGGGCUGUCCCAGCAUUCCCCCUGCCCUCCCCUCAGCUUAGGACUAAGAGGAAGGCCUCCUCCCGAACAAAUAAGAGCACAGCGGAGCUAAGGUUUGAGCUGGCUUCCACCCAGCCUCUCACAGUGUUUGUCAGCCAGGCCAGUGGAGAGGCCAGUAAGCACUGGGAGGAAGGCCUCAGUCUGAGCAGGAGGCAGACCAUCUCCAGACCUGGGUCCAGACCGGUGUCUCGGGCCUCACUGGGCUCAGGCGCAGCCUUGUGGAUGGAACGGUGACCAGAGCAGAUUGUUAUGUUUGUAAAGUCACUUUAAUUCUCUACAGCCACACACAACAAGCUAUAUUUAAUAUUAUUCUGAUGAGCUCUUUUGCAUCUCUAUUUUAUUUCUUUAUUAGCUUUGAAAGUGACUUUCUUAUUAGUUUUGAUGAUGACCUGACAUUUUAAUUUUGAAUGCCAAAGGUGAGAUCCCAUCUUAUACAUGAAAGAAUCCUUUUUUUUCUGACCAGACUUUUUAUUACCUGUCACUGAGCAGCUUUUCAGUGUGUUUGCCUCUUUGUUCCAUGGAUGCCAUGAAGCUCAUGAGAUGCCAGCACACCCCGUUGUUUUUACUGUUUUCCUGUGAACAGCUCCUCCCCUGUCUCCUGGUCUCAGGUAAUCCAGGACCAGAGCAGCACAGGGGUUUACAGUGAACUGCAGUCCUGACAUUACUUCAGUAAUAACUAAAACACACAGUUAAUGGAUAGUAAUGCUCCUGCUAACAGCACAUAUAUCACACGUCCUGUUCAAACUGUUGGCUACGACACUACAUGAAAUUAAUAAUCCUGAGUAAAUAAAAUUUAGAAUAAAAUAUUAAAAGAGAUAUUCCAAAUUCAUGAUAUUAACACGUUUCAUCAAUAAAACUUGCUAGAUUUUUUUUCACUGACUAUUUCACACUUGUGUUUCACUUUCAGUUGCAUACUUGAGUAUCUCUUUCACAAUUGUUUGUGUAGUGCCCCCUUCCCGCCCCAAUGCAAACUCCUGGGUUGAGCUAUGUUAAAGGAACAGUUCAACAUUCAGACUCCCAUUUUAAAAACUUGUUCACAUUAACAGUCUUCACAUGGUUUAGCGGGUUCUGUCUACUGAAGCAACUGCACAACAUAAAAACAGUUAAUCACUUUUGAGUUUACAAACAACAAAACUACAUCAAAACAACAUCUGGUGAGGAGGAAGACAAUCGGUAUUUUACUAUCAAAUCAACAAAAAUCAGGUCUGCUAUGUAUUCAGAGACAUCUUCAUUUAAACCGAUGGAUCCUAGAGAAUGUUUGAGUUGUCUUAAAUUUCCUGCGACCCUCAAUGAGCAGCUACGACAUCAGAUUGACUGAGCACACUGAGCUGCACUUUUACUUUUACACACUCUGGACACAGUUUGGAAAA